AUGUUUACGUCAGCAUCUCAGCGUCUAUACCUCGCCAGCAAGCAGCAUGUCUACUGGAAACACAUCAAGAUUCUUGUCCCAAACACCUGGUCCGUACAGAGCCAAUAUCAGUUUGCUCGGACCGAAACGUUAGAGUCGGCGAACAUCGUAGUGCACGACUUUCCAGAUGAUGAACCGUUUGUAGAUAACUUUGCAGGAUGUGGGAAAGAAGGUUAUCUGAUGCACAUUACACCAAGAUAUAUUCUUCAAGAAAUGUACCGAGAAGGCAAAUAUGGCCCUACCGACAGUGUCUUGGUUCGAAACUGGGGUUAUCUUCGCUGGGGACUAUUCAAAGAACAUUAUGAUCCUGAUGACGUCAGAGAGGUUGGCGCCCCUGCCUAUGAUAUACCCGGUGGAGGUACUGAAGGAACCCGCUGUUCUCUCAAGAUCAAGGGAGAAGUUUUACAGGCCGACGGUCGUCCGUGUCGGAAAAUUCCUAACAGCGGUUACGACCCAUCCUGUAGAUUCGUUCCAGAUACUGCAGGGCAGACAGCGACCGCUUCGUUGCUAUUUGGAACCAGGAAUGCUCCCGUACAUUCCAUAGAGGAAUUUUGUGGUGACGAUGUAUCAGAUCCUCACAGCUUACAUAACCCGCUGGCACCAAACCUGAUGAAUAAUAAAUGCAAUGGGCGAAGUGCCUGGACGGUAAUGGAACGAACAGGUGACUUCAUAGCUGGCAUCCAACCUGUUUCGAACACCACUCCUUCUUUUGAACUUCUUCAGCUAUCUACUGUUAGGAGUGUAGUGCUAGUGCUUGAUAUAAGUGGAAGUAUGGGGGGAAACCGGUUUGACCGUAUGAUCCAAUCAUCUACUGACUACAUCAUGAACGUCAUUCCAGAAGGUAGCAAGCUGGGAAUCGUCGUCUUCGGAAGUACCUCACAAAUCAGAGCAUAUCUCACCGACGUCACAGAUACAACGUCCAGGCAAAGUCUAACCAGUGCAUUGCCACCGCACACAUCAGGAUCAACGUGUAUUGGAUGUGGGAUACUGUCAGGCAUUGAGGUCCUUGGGUCAUACGCACAAGGAGGAUACAUCUUGCUACUUAGUGAUGGCGGAGAGAAUUCAUCUCCAUACAUUCGAGACACCAUUGACGAAAUCGAGAACUCUGGGGUCAUAAUGGAUACUAUAACUAUAAGCAACUCGGCUGACCAACAAUUGGAAGAUCUUUCCGACAUGACUUCUGGCAUCUCUACCUUCUGCUCCGAUAGCGGAACUGGAACAUGUCUCAUUCAGGCCUUUCAGAGUACGAUAACUGAGAGACCAGAUGUCGGUAUGGAGACCGUCCCUAUACAGAUCUAUAACUCCGAGAUCGUCAUUGAUGGCUCUCUUGGUUUCGAGAUCGUUCCGAUAAUCAUUGACGCCGCACUGGGUAAUAACACAGUGAUUACUGUGAUAUGGACCACGAACUCAUCGAUCUCGGUUGUAGUGACUGGACCAAGCGGUACUCUGGUUGAUGAAAACGACUCAAGGUAUCAUAUUGAUUACAGCACGAAGAUCGUGACAGUUAACCUACCAUUCGCCCAGGUACAGUUAUUGGUUUAUUAG